UCAAAGCCACAUGGUGACGAUGACGAUUGUACAACAAAGCUUCAACUGCGCACAUUUUCUGUAACGGUUACCAUAGGGAUCUGUGACGAUAAUAACAGACGUUUGAUAUCAAUUCUCCAAUUCGAUAGGAACACUGAUAAAGUUUCAUCACGAGUGCGCAAAUGACAACGAAAGCGAUUGGGUGAACAACUAAGUUCGAACAAUCAGAGAAAGAGAGAGAGAGAGAGCGAGAGAACUCGUGAGAGGGGGUUGGAUUAACUCGAUAAAUCCACAGACAACGGGGAUUCCCAAAAGGUUCCCACAAAGGUUCACUUGUCCUUACGAUAAAAUUAACAGGGUAGCGAGAAUGACGAGAGAUAUGGACCCCGACCUGAUACACCAGAAUUUUUUAUCACGACAAUCGAGAUUUUCCGAGUUGAAAGAACAUUUCAUUGAUAUUUCGGGUCCACAUGUCACGGGAGAAGUUCUGGAAAGUUUGAAAGAGUAUUAUUCCGGAAUAAUACAGUCGAAACGGGAUAAAGAUCGUGUGAAAAACAUCGCAGGACUGCUGAGGAUCUUGGAGAGGAGGGACGUUCUGAGAUACGAUUCAAUAGAGCCAUUGAAAGAAAUUGCUAAAGAGUGCAUUAGAGAUAGAAUUUUGAUUGAAACGUUGACUUGUUAUGACGCAGAAAUCAAGACUGAACUACCGCUGCCAGCGAUCAAUCAUUACAAGUACAGUGGUGAGUAUUUUGAGAGUACAAGUGUCACUGAAUAUUUAUUAAAUAAAAGGGAUAAUGGUGAUGGACUUGUUGAUCAUGACAUUACCGAUCCUCGAGUCGAAGAGACACAGGCGUAUGAGACGACUGAAGAACAAUUGUUGUCUGCACAAACGAGUGUCAAUAAGAACAGACUCUCUGGAUCAAAAUGCUUUCGUCAUCCACAUCAUACACAUCAUUUUUUAUGCAUCAAGAGUAGUCGGUGGAGGGAAAAAUUCUCCCUCAUUGUUAUAUUCUCGGUGUUGGUGGUCUUUUUGACGAUUAUUGCUACGAUUUAUAUGCAUUUCAUUAAUUGUCGAUCAUCAGCAGUUGAGGGAUCCAGCCAGAGUUCCUCUCGAAGUCAGACACAUGCUGUGAAUUUCUAUCCUAAUCAGACGUCGUUGCCUGUCGUUCCUUAUGCUACCCCGUCUGCACCAACUUCUAGUGGGCCUGUUUCAGAUGUUCAAGAGAGAGUUUUUCAGAGACUCAGCGAGAACCUGGGAAAAUACUGGAGAGACUUGGCCAGAUUUUUGAAUGUUAAAGAAUGUGAAAUUGAUGCAAUCAACGAAAAGACGUAUUUAGGAACAAAGGAAAAAGCCUAUGAGGCUCUUUUGAUAUUCAAAUCCAGAUGUGAUUCCUGCAAUUGGAAGAUUAAAAUGCAACAAGCACUGGAGAAAGCACGGCGGAAGGACUUGGCUGAGAUGAUCAACGAAAUUAUGUUGUCCGAUAAUCUGUUUUGAUAUUCUUUUUCAUCAAAUAAAGAUUAUGAAUUUUCAUAUAAAUCAUGUAUUAUUAUUAAAUUGAAAAAUACAAGAAAUAUU